AUGAUGUCGAAGGCGUUGUUCGAGAAGCUCGAGUUCGUAGCGCGGAAGAUGAAGAAGAACGAGCUGCCGUUCGGGGGCGUCACGCUCGUGCUCUGCGGUGACUUCUUCCAGCUGCCGCCGGUCUCGAGGGGAGGCGCCUCCGUCGACGAGGCACGCUUCUGCUUCGAGUCCGAGGCCUGGGGGCGCUGCCUCCGAGCCGCUGCCGGAGGGCCCGAGAACACCUUCUCGCUCAACGAGGUGUUCCGGCAGAAGGACGGGCGGCUCCUGCGCCUGCUCUCGGAGGUGAGGCACAACAGCCUCACGCCGCAGGGCCUGCGGCUGCUGGAGGACCUCCGGCGGGAGCUCGGGGUAGGACGGGGUGGAGCCAACCAAGCUCUACCCGGUCAACGCGAAGGUGGACGCCGUGAACCACCAGAAGUUGGCCGCCCUGGAGGGCGGACCGGGCAGGGAGGCCACGUUCGAGGCCACAGACACCCUCCCAGAGGGGGUCGGUGUGUUAUGUCCCGACCGAGAAAUUGGAUGAGAUGUUCAAGCUUCCGCGUAAGGUCAACCUGA